AUAAAUAAAAAUAAGUCCGCCAGCACAAAAAAGACGCAAAACCACAAUGGCCCCAACCGGUAAACGAGAAAAGAUUGGAAUUGUCGGCAGUGGCCUGAUUGGACGCUCCUGGUCUAUGUUAUUCGCCUCUGUAGGCUAUCAGGUAAUGCUGUUUGACAUUCAACCCGAACAGGUGGCCAAUGCAUUGAAAGAAACCCAAAAAGAAUUGAACUCCUUGGAAGCCAAGGGUCUAUUGCGUGGCAAACUAAAGGCCAGUGAACAAUUUGCCUGCAUUUCGGGCACCAACGACCUAAAGGAGUUGGUCAAAGGGGCGAUUUUCAUCCAGGAAUGUAUACCCGAACGUUUGGAUAUGAAACAAAAUCUAUAUAAACAGUUGGAUUCUGUCGUCGAAGACCAUACGAUUUUAUCCAGUUCAACUUCGACAUUUUUGCCAUCGUUGUUCAGUAAAGAUUUGAAACAUCAAUCAAAUGUGGUGGUAUCACAUCCUGUAAAUCCACCCUAUUAUGUACCGCUGGUGGAAAUUGUACCAGCCCCUUGGACCAAACCUGAAGUGGUAACGAAAACUAGAUCACUGAUGGAAGAGAUUGGCCAGAAACCUGUCACAUUGUCUCGUGAAAUUGAAGGUUUUGCAUUGAAUCGCAUUCAAUAUGCCAUUCUGAAUGAAUGUUGGCGUUUAGUGGAGGCCGGGAUUUUAAAUGUUCGUGAUGUCGACAGCGUUAUGUCCGAUGGUUUGGGUAUGCGUUAUGCCUUUUUGGGACCACUUGAAACGGCCCAUCUUAAUGCUGAGGGUAUGCGUAACUAUUAUGAACGUUAUACCAAUACCAUAUAUGCUGUAAGUCAGACCAUGGGACCAACACCGAAGAUGGAGGGACCAACAGCCGAAACCGUUGCCGACCAAUUGGAGGAUAUGGUGCCAUUGGAUAAAUUGGUGGAACGCCGUCAAUAUCGUGAUAAUUGUUUAACACAAUUGAGUAUUUUAAAAAAUAAAUUGAAUAAGUGAUUUUUCUA